AUGAAGGUGGAGAGGAAGCCCUCCUCUACAGACGACAGUUUCACUGACAUUCCUCCGCUACUGACGCUCCUUGGCCUCCUCCUCCUCCUCCUCUUCACAGGUGAAGUGUCCGGAGUGAAUGUGACCAGCCAAGCCCAGGUGGUGAGGGGCACAGUGGGCAAGGAGGCCCUCUUAUCAGUCAGCUACUCCAGCAGCAGCUCUGACAAACCUGUCAUUAAGUGGCAGCUGAAGAGGGACAAAGUGAAACCUGUCACUGUUGUACAGUCCAUAGGAACAGACAUCAUAGGGAACCUGAGGCCGGAGUACAGAAACCGCAUCCUGGUGUUUGAGAAUGGCUCGCUGCUGCUUCACAACCUGCAGCUGUCAGACGAAGGGGCGUAUGAAGUGGAAAUCUCCAUCACAGAUGACACCUUCACUGGAGAGCACUACAUUGAGCUCACUGUGGACGUUCCUGUCUCCAAACCUUACAUCCAGAUGAUGGCCUCUUCAGUCCUGGAGUACAGCGAGUACUUCAACCUCCACUGUUCCCACGAUAACGGCACAAAGCCCGUCUAUGGCUGGCUGAAGGGAGGCAAGGUGCUGAGCAAUGACUCGCGACUGCUGCUCUCACAUGACCAAAAGGUGCUGACCAUCUCACGCGUCCUGAUGUCAGAUGACGACGUUUACAUCUGCACUGUGGAAAACCCCAUCAGCAACAUGAAGAGCAUCCCUGUCAAGCUCACUGUCUACAGACGGAGCUCGCUAUACAUCAUCCUGUCCACCGGGGGCAUAUUCCUCCUAAUCACCCUGGUGACAGUGUGUGCCUGUUGGAAACCUUCCAAAAAGAAGCACCGACCUGUCCCCCAAAGAGCUCCCAUCUAUGUGGAGCAAAGUGAAAACGGCCAUGAUGUUGAUGUUGUACCUAAACCAACCACACUUGGUCGAAGAAGUCCCAUGCCUCUUUAUGUUCUCAACGAAGACGAGACUCUGGAGCGUUUGGAAGAAUGUUCUGGCAACACUGUCAGCCAAUCAGAAAUCAGCAUCCCUGCUACUUAUGCUCCAGUCCUUCCCCCUUCCUCCAACAGAACUGAGCGGCCUAUCUGGUCUGCCCCGCGCAGGUACCCCCGUAGCCCCUCUCCUCUUGCACAACCUCUUCCUCAGCCCCUCCCAGGUCCUCCCCUGCGCCCCAUCCGCUCCCCCGCUCACUCCCCAGGCUCAUCUCCACGCAGUUUCAGCCCCAUAAGAAAGGUCCGUACUCCGGUGGGCAUCCCGACCAGCCACCUGCCUGUAGAGGCCGAGUGCACAGAUCCGAGCGAUCAGGAUCACUGUCCAUCGCAGCACUGACAGCUGCUUGGAGAUGUGAAGUCUACGUGUAGUUUGUUGGUCUUUUGUUGCAUUCUGCCAUGAGAGUAAUGGAUUUGAUGCACUAGAGUAAGAGAUGAGUUCACUUUCAGCUAACUGUCUGUCUUCAUAAUCUGUUAUUUAUCAUCUCUUUUCUUGUGGCUAUGCACAGUAUUUCUGUGGUCUCGUGAUUAUAUCCUUAUAAGAAAAGUUAUAUCCUGUCCACCAGCUUGUAGUAUAUCUUGUAUAUGAGGCUGAGGCAGUAAAGAAUUUCAAGUUCUGAUAUAUAUUUUGCUCCAUGUUGAAUUAUGAAUUUUACCGGGACGUUUUGAUAUGUGCCUGUACAUAUGUAAGUUAAUAGUUUUUAAGGGUUGUUUGUUUUGUUUUGUUUCUUGUCAGUGUCGUUUGUUCUUUUAGGCA